ACAAUGUAUAUUACAACAGUAUUAUGACCAAGUUGCCGCUACCCCAAGAAUUCAAGAAUGGUUUACCAUUAGGAAGUUUAUUGAUGUAACUGAUCUCAUUAACAGAUUUAAAGAAUACCCAUAUGAUCAUCUUAAUAGAUGCAGGAAAAUCAUGCAAUAAAAUACCUAUUUAUGAUAACUGCUAAUAUUUUAUUUGUGCUUUUCCUUAAAAAUGCAGUGUUUUUAGGAAUUGAAGUUCAGAGCAGCAAAAGUCAAACAAAAACCAAGUCUGAGCAAUAGAGCUAUACUAGAAUGCCCAUCACAUUCUUUGCUCAGAUGACUACUUAAGGUCAUGUUCAGCUCUAUGUUUCUGUGACCACAAAUAGCAUCUUUGGCAAAUCUGGUUUCAGUUGGUCUUUGUCCAGCUCCUGGAUUCCAUGCAGGGCCUGAGAAGCCCUCAAGGAUAAAAGAUUAAUCCGGUCCAGUGGACUCCGUGGUUCCUCAACUCCAAGUGCCCCCACCAUAGGUGGGACCUGCCUCUCACGCAAAGGAUCCCUGGCGGCAACCCGAGACCAGUUCAGACCGGUUCUCCUACCCGCAUUCAGCCGAGUCUCUCGCUCUGCCCAGGACGCACAGAUGAGAGCGCUCAGCAGACUGGUGGGUCUGUCUUUCGGUCCUUCCUAAUUUUCCCCUCCUCUGGGGAAAGGUCAAGGAUACCUGAACCCAAGUGUCUGGCGGGGUGUGUGGGGGGGUGCAUCUGUGCACAAUCAAGGGCUUGGCCUUCCAGAGAGCGCCCAGGGGCAGGGGCCUCCUAGGUUCUGGCGGCCAGCAGGGGCGACCGGAGCAGGGGGUCGCGCAGGAUUGCGGCUGAGGUCCCACCAGCGAGAGACAGAAACCCUCAGACAUUUAGUCCAGAGACUGCAGCAAGGGAAGGGGACGAGGGGCCAGGGCCGGAAUUUCGGGGGAGGACUUGGGAGCGCAGCAACCAGAGUCGUUUGCCGGCACCUGCGGGGGCGAAUGCAGGGGCUUGGCCGAGAUGACCUUGGACCAGAGCUCCCUUCCGGCCUGCAGAGAUGAGCUUGGGAUUUGGCUUAGUGAGGAGUGAGCAGCUUUUCAGCCGCAGUGCUGCGGAGGAGGCGGAUGGAGGAUGAACUGGAGCCGUCCUUACGGCCUCCGACGCAGCUCUGACCUGGCGUCCUGCCUCACAGAGGGAAAGGGCGCAGCCAGAGGAGAGCGCCUGCACUGCCCACCACUUCUAUGGGUUCCUCCCCAUUCUGGACUGAUUUCUUUAGGUAUUUGCAUGGCACAUUCCCUCACCUCCUUUGUCUUCAUUUGCACUUGUAUUCCUUGACAGCCCUAUUUAAAAUAGUACCAACUGAGGUGGGAGGAUCGCUGGAGCCCAGGAGUUUGAAGCUGCAGGGAUCUAGUAGGAUCUCACCACUGCACUCCAGCGUGGGCGACCUAGCGAGACCUUGUCUGUAAAAAAUAAAAAUAAAAUAGCACCACCUGGUCCUAACACUUCCUACGCCCCUUCCCUGCUUUAAGUCUCUGUAGCACCAGCUGAUGUACUAUAUAUUUUGCUCGUUCAUUUUGCGAUUGCUUGUCUUUCCCUGCUGGAAGGAAAGCUCUGAUAGCUCAUUGAUUUUGUCUGUUGUUCACUGCUGUAUCCCAACACCCAGAACAGUAGGAUUAUUGACCAUAAUAGGGAGGCAAUAAAUCUUUGUUUGCCGAAUUAAUAAUGGUCCAUAUCAUAGCUAAUGUCUGAAUGUUUACCAUGACCAGGCACGGUGUAGGCAAUCUCCAUGCAUGAUCUCAUUGAAUUCAACAAUUUCCUGUAGUCUUAGAGACCUGUCAACAUCUCCUGCUACAUGAGUUCAGCUGCUAUCAAGCACUGUGUUCCUUGCUUCCUUCAGAUCUACUGUCUUAAGGGAGCUCUCACUUCCAUGAAGCCCCCGUGGAGCUGUAAUGUGGCCCCAAAGAUUCAGGGCAGGAUCCUGCUCCUGACCAUCUGUGCUGCUGGCAUUGGUGGGACUUUUCAGUUUGGCUAUAACCUGUCUAUCAUCAAUGCCCCGACCUCGCACAUUCAGGAAUUCACCAAUGAGACGUGGCAGGCGCGUACUGGAGAGCCACUGCCUGACCACCUAAUUCUACUUAUGUGGUCCCUCAUCGUGUCUCUGUAUCCCCUAGGAGGCCUCUUUGGAGCACUGCUUGCAGGUCCCUUGGCCAUCACGCUGGGAAGGAAGAAGUCCCUCCUGGUGAAUAACAUCUUUGUGGUGUUGGCAGCGAUUCUGUUUGGAUUCAGCCGCAAAGCAGGCUCCUUUGAGAUGAUCAUGCUGGGAAGACUGCUUGUGGGAGUCAGUGCAGGCGUGAGCAUGAAUAUCCAGCCCAUGUACCUGGGGGAAAGCGCCCCUAAGGAGCUCCGAGGAGCUGUGGCCAUGAGCUCAGCCAUCUUUACCGCUCUGGGGAUCGUGAUGGGACAGGUGGUCGGACUCAGGGAGCUUCUAGGUGACCCUCAGGCCUGGCCUCUGCUGCUGGCCAGCUGCCUGGUGCCCGGGGUGCUGCAGCUCGCCUCCCUGCCUCUGCUCCCCGAAAGCCCACGCUACCUCCUCAUUGACUGUGGAGACACCGAGGCCUGCCUGGCAGCACUACGGCGACUGCGGGGCUCCGGGGACUUGGCAAGGGAGCUAGAGGAGCUGGAGGAGGAGCGCGCUGCCUGCCAGGGCUGCCGUGCCCGGCGCCCAUGGGAGCUGUUCCAGCAUCGGGCCCUGAGGAGACAGGUGACAAGCCUCGUGGUGCUGGGCAGUGCCAUGGAGCUCUGCGGGAAUGACUUGAUGUACGCCUACGCCUCCUCCGUGUUCCAGAAAGCAGGAGUGCCAGAAGCGAAAGUCCAGUACGCCACCAUCGGGACUGGGAGCUGCGAGCUGCUCAUGGCGAUUGUUAGUUGUGUGGCAGUCGAGAGGAUGGGUCGGCGCGUGCUGCUCAUCGGUGGGUACAGCCUGAUGGCCUGCUGGGGGAGCAUCUUCACUGUGGCCCUGUGCCUGCAGAGCUCGUUCCCCUGGACACUCUACCUGGCCGUGACCUGCAUCUUUGCCUCCAUCCUCAGCUUUGGCAUUGGCCCUGCCGGGGUGACGGGGAUCCUGGCCACAGAGCUGUUUGACCAGAUGGCCAGGCCCGCUGCCUGCAUGGUCUGCGGGGCGCUCAUGUGGAUCAUGCUCUUCUUGGUCAGCCUGGGAUUUCCCUUCAUCAUGGAGGCCUUGUCCCACUUUCUCUAUGUCCCUUUCCUUGGUGUCUGUGUCUGUGGGGCCAUCUACACUGGCCUGUUCCUUCCUGAGACCAAAGGCAAGACCCUCCAAGAGAUCUCCGAAGAAUUACACAGACUCAACUUCCCGAGGCGGGCCCAGAGCCCCAUGUGGAGGAGCCCGGAGGUUAUCCAGUCGACAGAACUCUAGUCCCAAAGGGGUGACCAGGGGCCAAAGCCAGCUGCUGUCGUGUCCUCUGCUUCCUGCCAGGGCCCUGGUCCUCACUCCCUCCUGCAUUCCUUUGUUUAAGGAGUGUUUAUUGAGCACCCGUUGUGUGCAGACAUGGUUCCAGGUGCUUAGCAAUCAGUGGUGAGAGUGGUGUUCCAGGCUAAAGGUAAUUAACUGACAGAAAAUCAGUAACAAUAUAAUUACAGGCUGGUUGUGGCAGCUCAUGACUGUAAUCCCAGCACUUUGGGAGGCCAAGGUGGGAGGAUCAAUUGAGGCCAGAGUUUGAAACCAGCCUGGGUAACAUAGUGAGACCCUCUAUCUCUACAAAAAAAUUAAAAAAUCAGUUGGGCAUGGUGGUAUGUGCUAACAGCUCUAGCUACUCAGGAGGCUGAGGCAGCAGGAUCACUUGAGUCCAAGUGUUCAAGGUAGCAGUAAACUACGAUCACACCACUGCAUGCCAGGCUGGGUGACAGAGGGAGACUUCAUCUCUUUAAAAUGUAAUAAUUACAGACUCAGGAAAUGCAGUGAAAGAAAAAUACAGGUUGGCCAGGCGAGGUGGCUGAUGCCUGUAAUCCCAGCACUUUGGGAGGCCAAGGCAGGAGGAUCGCUUUGAGACCAGGAGUUUGAGACCAGCCUGGGCCACACAGUAAGAUCCUGUUUCUACCAAAAAAUAAAAAAAUAAUAAAAUAAGCUGUGUGUGGUGGUACAUGCUUGUGGUCCCAGCUACUCAGGAGGCUGAAAUGGGAGGAUCACUUGAGCCUGGGAGGUCAAGGCUGCAGUGAAUCCUAAUUGAGCAACUGCACUCCAGCCUGGACAACAGAAGGAGACCAUGUUUCCAAAAAAAUAAAUACAGGUUGUAGUGGGUAUGGAUAUGCAUACCAGGAGGACUGACCUAGUCUGAGAGGGGAGUGAUCAGAAUUUUCUGAGGAAUUGAUGUUUUUAAUCAACUUUAUUGAGGUAUGAUUUACACAUAAUCAAAUAUAUCCAUUUUAAGUCCAUAUUUGGUGAGUUUUGAGAAGUGUAUACACUUGUGAAACACCACCGCAAUCCAGAUGGAACGUUUACCCUGCCCCAAGGCACCCUCAUGCCCCUUUGCUAUCAAUAACUCACCCCAGCCCCAGCCCCAGGGAACCACUGACCUGCUUUCUGCCUCAAUUAGUCAGAUUUACCUUUUUUCAGAAUCUGAAGUCAUUCCAUACUGUAUGUACAUAUUUGUAUCUGGCUUGGCUUCAGAUACAGUUUUUGGGAUUCAUGCAUGUUGUUGCAUGUAUUAGGAGAGACUCCUUUGUAUUGCUGAGUAGUAUUCCCCUCUGUGGUUAGACCAUGAUUUAUUUAUCCAUCAACCUGUUAGUGGACAUUUUGGCUGUUUCUAAUUCUUGGCCAUCUUGAAUAAAACUGCUGUGAAUGUUCCUACACAAA